CUUCCACCGAUUCGUCCACACGCAACAGCCUCUCUAGGCCAAGCUCAGCUAGCUACCAGCUACCUACCUACUCUCCCCCCUACGAACUCUUCGAGUCCGUCAUGGUCCAAGUCGUCAAGCGCCAGGGCUACAAGCUGCUUAACCUCUGGACCACGGACAAGGCCGGCUGCCACGGGCAUGUCGCUGCGCUACCUCUUCAUGAACUCCGACGUGUACGUGAACAAGGAGGAGCGCUUCACCGAGCUGCACCACACGCUGGAGCCGCGCGAGGACCGCGGGUCAUCGUGGCGGCAGUUCCGCUUCCGCAUGGCGAACCUCAAGCGCAACCCGAUCAACCAGUCGCGCCAGUUCGACGACCUCUUCGCCAAGGAAGAGAACCAGGUGGUGGCUGCGCUGAGAACUGCUUCGGUGGCUUGAUAUGACCACACUUCCUCUAAGCAAUGGUCCAUGCUGCUUGCUAGUGUAGAGAUCGGUGCCUCACCCAUGUAGCCGACGCACUUUGCAAGCUUGCUGUGUACUUUUAUACCUAUCGCUCGAGCGUUGGGCUUUUCGGAUAAUAAAAACUACUUAUUGAUAC